GUACUUUUCUCUUUCUCUCUCUCUUUUUUUUAAAAAAAAAAUUUCGUAUGCUUAACAAAAUGGUCAACAAAUCAAAAACUAAUAAAAGGACACAAAGGAAAAAGACGGCGAAUACAGUUCAUCCUCAUAUAGACAUUCUUCAAACAAAACUUCAAAAGACACAAGAAGAAUAUAACAAGUUGGAAGAAGAUGAAAACACAAGAGAAUUAACAACAGAGGAAAUCUCACUUAAACAGAAACUCAAGACAACCCUUGAGACUUAUGAAGCACUCUUGUCAGACUAUACAUCCCCUUCUACUAAGGCCAAGACACGCUCUUUUCAAGAUAGAGAAACCCAUGAAUCAAGACAUAAAUCAGAAAUUCAGAUCCUUGAAUUGUUACAGUUGUUCUAUAUGGUCAGAUUAGGUCAACUGGGCUCUUUUCAAUAUGUUGAUUAUCCUGUGACAGAAGAACUGGUGAGAGCCGUGUUUGAUGUCUGUGAUCAAAUGGUGGGUGCAUCUAUAUACUGCAAAAUUGAUAAAUCAAGUCAAGUACGACAACAAAAACGAGACCAUGUAUUUUCAACCUUGAGAAAACUUGAAUUGGGUGCUGAAGAGAGUGUGUUGGGUGAUGUCAGUUAUAAGCAGAUCAAAGACUUUAUGCAGCAUAUUUGGGAUCAUGCAUUUUAUGCUCAACAUCAAGUCACUACUGAACCGCAGCAAAAAGAAAUUCAAGUAGAACAGUCUCAAGAAGAAGAGGAGCAGCCUACAGAGCAAUCUACAGAGCAAUCUACAGAGCAGCCUCAAGUAGAAAAGAAACAAUCUACAGAACAACAUCAGAAUGAAAAGAAACAAUCUACAGAACAGCCUACAGAUGAAAAGAAACAACCUCAGGAUGGCAAAGAACAAUCUACAGAACAAUCCCAGGAUGAAAACACUAAAGAUCAAGAGGAAGGUUGGGGUGAACCACCUAUAUUGGAUCAAAGGGAAGAUGCAUGGAAAGAGAAAGAUGAAUCUCAUCAGGAUGCUGGUUGGAAACAAGUCAGUUCUAUUCAUGAAUGGCAUACUGUGGAUGAAUCCGAUAUGAAUGAUGAUUGGAGAAGACGAGACUCAACUGACAAGAGACGCAACAAUAUGAGAGGACGUGGUCAUCCUACGAGAGCAAGGGGAAGAGGGCGUGGUUCAAAUCGUGGACAUGGCACUAUUUUAUCUAGAGGUCGUGGAAGAGGUAGAGGGCGAGGACGCGAAGAUACCAUUUAAAUACCAACUCUCUUAGCUUUCAAUAAAAAAAAAACGC